AGAGAAAGGGGAGGGAGCAGACUCAUGAACAGCAGGCACCGGGCUGUGGAGCGAUAACAGCAGCGACUACCGUCCACAGAGAGACACCGGUUGAGUUCCCUCUGACACACUGAGAUUCACACAGUUUGACUUUAUUUAUUGCUGGUGGAGUAUUUAUUCUAUUGCUGUCGAAAAUGAACGGAGUGGCCAGAAGCCUGUGUACAUUUGAAGACAUCAAAAGCCAAGAAUAUGGGGACGGGUGCAGGCGGCUGCGUCUCACACUGCACGACCAGAACCAGGGAGGACGGAGCGCGGAGCAGCACAGAGACAAGCCAAUCGGACGAGCUUUUGCGCUGGUGCAGCCGGGCAGUGACAGGACACCUUUCACGCCCGAGCCGGUCAAAUCUACAGAGGAGCAGGUGGAAGUGAUCAAGGUGUACCUAGAGGCGCGCAGACAGGAGCAGCAGAAACACCAGGAGAACCUGAAGAUGUUGUCAGAUGAAGUUUCACAGAUACAGGAGGUGCGGUAUUGCCUGAAGAAUCUGAGAGAGCAGAUGGCGGCCAAAAACAAGUCGCACACAAAUGUGUGGAAGGUCGGCAUUCCCUUCAAAAAGAGCACCUCGUCUGCCCCCAAAGGAGCGCCUGAGGUUGACACCCAGGAUGCAGAGGAUGAGGCGGAGAGAAUCAAGCUGAGAGAGGUCAGCAAACGCCUGUACGCCCAGCUGCAGGAGGCCGAGAAGAAGCACCUGGAGGAAAAGGAGAGGCUGCAGGCCGAAGGGGCCAGGCUUAGGGAGCACCUGAGCUACCAGGAGGAGAAGCUGAGGAUCACGGAGGAGGACAAUGGGAACAAAGACAAGCGCAUCGAGGAGCUGCUGAGGCUGCUGGGAGGGAUGGAGCAGGAGAGCACCACCCUGAGAGAGGCCAUCCGCAGCCGCGAGGACGAGCUGGGCGAACUACGCAAGAUCAGAGAGGAGGGCAACAAAGGGGAUCAGAGGACUGAGCAGUUGGAGAAGGAGGUGGCUGUUCUCAAAGAAAAGAUCCACCAUCUGGACGACAUGCUGAAAAGUCAACAGAGGAAAGUGAGACACAUGAUUGAACAGCUCCAGAACUCUCGCAUGGUGAUCCAGGAGCGGGACCGCGUGAUCAGGGAGCUGGAGGAGAAAGUGGCAUUUUUGGAGGCUGAGAACCGAGAAAUGCAUGACAGGAUGGACUACUUCCUGGGAGGACAAAGGUCAAAUUCCCACCUUUCCCCAGAGCGCAAUCCCCAAAUUGUCUACAGCAAACCAAUCAAGCCAUCCACUUCAUCUAACAAGCCACUCCCCUUCAUCAAAGUCAUCGAAAUCAAGUCGUGAGGCGCAGGAGAAGAACGAUACAGCUACUGUUGAGAAGGGCUCAGACCCACCAGAGUUUUCCCGUCUGGACUGAAACCAAACAACAGCUCUACUAACCACCACGUGUGAUCGAGUGAAUGUUGUCAGAGCUGAGCUUCACAGACUGCAACAGUGCUUUCCACUAAGGCGUUCAAACCAAACUCUGUAGAUGGAAACCACGGGGACGUCUGGCAGCACGCACUGAAGCCUGCUGUAUGUCUGUCCAUGUCCAUAAUGAGUGUGUGUGUGUUUCAGCUUUAAUGUAGAUACAUGAGGUGUACUGAUGAGCAUUUUUGUUUUACAUGUAACGCUGCCCUGUUUUGAUCCGACAUUUGAUCUUUGAGUUUAUGACAUCGGGUCAAAACAGAGGUUACAAUUUCAGGCAUUAUGAAGUCCAUAUACGGCGAUGUAGCAUCGAUAUCCUGUAGCUGACGACCCAGAAAUAACAAACCCUGUAGGAAAUCAUUAACUGGAUGAUCUAGAUUCAGCUUCCUUGUGCUCAUUAAUCACUCAUCCACGACUCUGUUCACUCGUUCAGUGAACCGUAUGAUGUUCUAACGUGUAAAUACUGACUGUAGGAUAAAACCAUGUAAUUAUUCUGAAGGCUACUUAUUUGAUUCUUUGAGCCCCCACUAAUAAUAUGGCACUUUAUGAAACUGUGAGGACGCAGAAGGAAAACUGAAGAUGUUUGGCAGCGUCAUAAUUCAUGAUAUUUAAGGCAUUUCAGUUUACCCGUAACUGUGUAAAACAGUAAGCUUUUUGUUGUACAUAAUGAUAAUGAAUGUGUUCUGAGGCUUUGAUUUUUACCUUUUCUCCUUUUUAUUUAUUUAUGUUAAAAUAAAAAUUGUAGACUGACUAUUCGGUAGAUAAGCUUUUGUAUGAAGUGCAUCCUAAUCCGUUUUCUGCGUUUGUGGUUUUCAUAAUAAAGUUCUGAAAAUGUUA